ACAGCGCCCGUCUCUUUGAGACAUAAGUUAACAAGAUUACUGCUUGGCGGCAGAAAUAGAUAAGCAAAAAUAUUGUCAAGAUGGUGCGUCUUACAAACGAGCAGAAACAAUUCUGGAAAGACAAUGGAUUUAUCAAGCUAUCCAAUAUCCUCACUGAAAAUGAAUUCAAAGUAAUAGACAAAGAAUAUAACAGAAUCUUUAAACUGAAGAACAAUCCGGGAAUGGAAGCUGCUUGGGAAGGCAAAGAAAUGAAAGAAGCUGCAAAAACUGAAGACUAUUCCGUGCAUUCAAUCCACAAUCUACAAUUCCAUAGUGCUAUUUUUUCACAUUUCCUCCACAAUAACAAUCUUUUAGAAGCUCUUGAAGACCUAAUGGGAACUCCAAACAUUCUUCUUCAUCAUACAAAAGCCCACGACAAACCUCCAGGCAAAGGAGCUCCUUACCUGAUGCAUCAAGAUUACCACUACUUCCCCUUCAAGAAACACUCUAUGGUCGCGGCUUUUCUGUGCUUGGACCAGUCUGAUCCUUCCAACGGUGGACUAUGUGUUUACCCCGGGUCCCACAAGAAUGGACCCUUAGAAGACGUAGGCCACAAAGGAGAUGGCAUAGAUCAUAUAUACCAUUACCAGGAUCCAAACAAAUAUCCCUUAGAUAAAGCCACGCCGAUAGUUUGUGAACCUGGAGAUAUCGUAGUGUUUUCGUACUUGCUGUUACAUGGUAGCUAUAAGAACACUUCUGACAGACAUAGGCGUAUGUUUCUUAUUCAACUAAUGGCUGCUGAAGAUGAGCCUAUGGAAGAUACUCACAAAAGUCCUGGUCAGGGUUGGAUGUUGCGAGGCUCUAAUGAUAAUAGAAAGGCAGUUAUGGCAGAACGAUUCUUGCAUUAAUUUAAGCCGUCAUGUUAUUUUAUACAUAUCUAAUCUGAUAAAAAAAAAAUUUUGCAAAUUA